AUGAGGGCGUGCCCUCAGGCAACUGGAGUAGUCGGAGGAGAAGACUGCGAGCUGGACACCGAGGCUGGCCGCUGUGUGCCAGGUGUCUGUCGCAACGGGGGCACCUGCACCAACGCACCCAAUGGCGGCUUCCGCUGCCAGUGCCCAGCAGGCGGUGCCUUCGAGGGCCCACGCUGUGAGGUGGCAGCUCGCUCCUUUCCUCCCAGUUCGUUCGUCAUGUUCCGCGGCCUACGGCAGCGCUUCCACCUCACAUUGUCCCUCUCGUUCGCAACAGUGCAGUCCAGUGGGCUACUUUUCUACAAUGGGCGCCUGAAUGAGAAGCAUGACUUUCUGGCCCUGGAGCUUGUGGCGGGCCAAGUGCGGCUCACAUAUUCCACUGGUGAGCAGUCCAGACAAUGCUACACAUGCACUCCUCCCACAGGCGAAUCCAAUACAGUGGUCAGCCCCACAGUUCCGGGGGGCCUGAGUGAUGGGCAAUGGCAUACAGUGCAUCUGAGAUACUACAACAAGCCCCGGACAGAUGCCCUAGGGGGUGCUCAGGGCCCGUCCAAGGACAAGGUGGCUGUGUUGAGCGUGGAUGACUGCAAUGUGGCUGUAGCUCUGCAGUUUGGUGCUGAAAUUGGCAACUACUCAUGUGCAGCUGCUGGUGUACAAACAAGCUCCAAGAAGUCCCUGGACCUGACGGGCCCUCUGCUCCUGGGGGGUGUCCCCAACCUUCCCGAGAACUUCCCCGUGUCCCACAAGGACUUCAUCGGCUGUAUGCGAGACCUGCAAAUCGAUGGUCGCCGACUGGACAUGGCAGCCUUUGUUGCAAACAAUGGCACAGUAGCAGGCUGCCAGGCCAAGCUGCACUUUUGUGACUCAGGCCCCUGCAAGAACAGUGGCUUCUGCUCAGAGCGCUGGGGUGGCUUCAGCUGUGACUGCCCUGUGGGCUUUGGUGGCAAAGACUGCCGGCUUACUAUGGCCCAUCCCUACCAUUUCCGUGGCAAUGGCACAUUGAGUUGGGACUUUGGAAAUGACAUGGCUGUGUCUGUGCCAUGGUACCUGGGACUGGCAUUUCGGACACGGGCAACACAGGGGGUCCUGAUGCAAGUGCAGGUUGGGCCACACAGCACGCUCCUCUGCCAGCUAGAUCGGGGGCUGCUGUCUGUGACAGUAACCCGGGGCUCGGGACGUGCUGCCUACCUCCUGCUGGACCAGGUGUCUGUCAGUGAUGGCCGGUGGCAUGAUCUACGGCUGGAGUUACAGGAGGAGCCUGGUGGCCGGAGAGGCCACCAUGUCUUCAUGGUCUCACUGGACUUCAACCUAUUUCAGGAUACCAUGGCCGUGGGGAGUGAGCUGCAGGGCCUGAAGGUAAAGCAACUCCACGUGGGAGGCCUGCCCUCCAGCAAUAAGGAGGAGAUUCUUCAGGGUCUGGUUGGCUGUAUCCAGGGGGUGUGGCUUGGCUCCACACCCUUGGGGUCCCCAGCCCUGCUAUCUCCCAACUACCGAGUGAACGUGGAGCCUGGCUGUGUUGUGACCAACGCCUGUGCAUCUGGACCCUGUCCACCUCAUGCUGACUGCCAUGACCUCUGGCAUACCUUUUCCUGUACCUGCUGGCCAGGUUACUAUGGCCCAGGGUGUGUGGAUGCCUGUCUCCUGAACCCCUGUCAGAACCAGGGGUCAUGCCGGCACCUCGCAGGAGCUCCCCAUGGCUAUACCUGUGACUGUGCAGGUGGCUAUUUUGGUCACCACUGUGAGCACAGGAUGGACCAGCAGUGCCCACGGGGCUGGUGGGGAAGCCCAACCUGUGGCCCCUGCAACUGUGAUGUUCACAAGGGCUUUGAUCCUAACUGCAACAAGACAAAUGGGCAGUGUCACUGCAAGGAGUUUCACUACCGACCACGGGGCAGUGACUCAUGCCUCCCGUGUGACUGCUACCCUGUGGGCUCCACCUCGCGCUCAUGUGCACCCCACAGCGGGCAGUGCCCCUGCCGCCCAGGAGCCCUUGGUCGCCAGUGCAACAGCUGUGACAGUCCCUUUGCAGAGGUGACAGCCAGCGGCUGCCGGGUGCUCUAUGAUGCCUGCCCCAAAUCCCUGAGAUCUGGUGUUUGGUGGCCCCAGACCAAGUUUGGUGUCUUGGCUACAGUGCCAUGUCCCCGGGGGGCCCUGGGUGCUGCUGUGCGGCUAUGUGAUGAGGACCAAGGUUGGCUGGAGCCCGACCUCUUCAACUGUACUUCCCCUGCCUUUCGAGAGCUCAGUCUGCUGCUGGAUGGCCUAGAGCUGAACAAGACUGCACUGGAUACUGUUGAGGCCAAGAAGCUGGCUCAGCGGCUGCGGGAGGUGACUGGCCAGACUGACUACUACUUUAGCCAAGAUGUCCGAGUCACUGCUCGCCUGUUGGCCUACUUGCUGGCGUUUGAGAGUCAUCAGCAGGGCUUUGGGCUGACGGCUACACAAGAUGCCCAUUUCAAUGAGAAUCUGCUGUGGGCCGGCUCUGCACUGCUUGCUCCAGAGACAGGGGACUUAUGGGAAGCACUGGGGCAGCGGGCCCCCGGGGGCUCCCCAGGCAGUGCAGGGCUGGUGCGGCAUCUGGAGGAAUAUGCAGCCACCCUGGCGAGGAAUAUGGAACUCACAUACCUGAAUCCUGUGGGGCUGGUGACACCCAACAUCAUGCUCAGCAUUGACCGCAUGGAGCACCCCAGUUCUACACCAGGUGCCCGUCGCUACCCCCGCUACCAUAGCAACCUUUUUCGGGGCCAGGAUGCCUGGGAUCCUCAUACCCAUGUGUUACUGCCUUCUCAGUCCCCACGGCCAUCCCCAUCUGAAGUACUGCCCACAAGCAGCAACACAGAAAAUUCCACUGCCUCAAGUGUGAUCCCCCCACCACCACCUACAGAGCCUGAGCCUGAGCCUGGGAUCUCCAUUGUCAUUCUCCUAGUGUACCGCACGUUGGGGGGGCUACUCCCUGCCCAGUUCCAAGCUGAGCGCCGGGGCGCCAGGCUUCCCCAGAAUCCUGUUAUGAACUCCCCUGUGGUCAGCGUGGCUGUGUUCCAUGGACGCAACUUCCUAAGGGGUGUCCUGGAGUCCCCAAUCAGCCUUGAGUUCCGCCUGCUACAGACGGCGAAUCGGAGCAAGGCGAUCUGUGUGCAGUGGGACCCACCUGGCCCGGCGGACUACCAUGGUAUGUGGACAGCACGAGAUUGUGAGCUGGUGCACAGGAAUGGAUCCCACGCACGGUGUCGCUGCAGUCGGACAGGCACCUUUGGGGUCCUCAUGGAUGCCUCCCCCCGUGAGCGGCUGGAAGGUGACCUGGAACUGCUGGCUGUGUUCACCCAUGUGGUUGUGGCUGUGUCUGUGGCUGCACUGGUACUGACUGCAGUUGUCCUGCUGAGCCUGCGUAGCCUCAAGUCCAAUGUGCGUGGGAUCCAUGCCAAUGUGGCAGCUGCCCUGGGGGUGGCAGAGCUCCUCUUCCUGCUGGGGAUCCACAGGACCCACAACCAGCUGGUGUGCACUGCAGUCGCCAUCCUCCUGCACUACUUCUUCCUCAGCACCUUUGCGUGGCUCCUGGUGCACGGCCUGCACCUCUACCGCAUGCAGGUUGAGCCGCGCAAUGUGGACCGAGGCGCCAUGCGCUUCUACCAUGCCCUGGGCUGGGGCGUCCCCGCUGUGCUGCUGGGUCUUGCUGUUGGCCUGGACCCUGAGGGCUAUGGGAACCCUGACUUCUGCUGGAUCUCCAUCCAUGAACCCCUCAUCUGGAGUUUUGCCGGCCCUGUCAUCCUUGUCAUAGUGAUGAACGGGACCAUGUUUCUCCUCGCUGCCCGCACAUCCUGUUCCACAGGACAGAGGGAGGCCAAGAAGACCUCUGUGCUGACCCUUCGCAGCUCCUUUCUGCUCCUUCUGCUGGUCAGUGCCUCCUGGCUCUUUGGCCUCCUGGCAGUCAAUCACAGUAUCCUGGCCUUCCACUACCUCCAUGCUGGACUCUGUGGCCUCCAGGGCCUAGCAGUGCUGCUGCUCUUCUGUGUCCUGAAUGCAGAUGCUCGGGCCGCCUGGACACCAGUCUGUCUGGGAAGGAAGGCAGUGCCCGAGGAAACAAGGCCAGCACCAGGGCCGGGGCCCGGGGCCUACAAUAACACAGCCCUCUUCGAGGAAAGUGGCCUCAUCCGCAUCACUCUCGGUGCCUCCACCGUUUCCUCUGUGAGCAGUGCCCGCUCCGGCCGGACCCAGGACCAGGACAGCCAGCGGGGCCGCGGCUACCUCAGGGACAAUGUCCUGGUUCGACAUGGCUCUGCUGCUGACCACACUGACCACAGCCUCCAGGCUCAUGCUGGCCCCACUGACCUGGACGUGGCCAUGUUCCAUCGAGAUGCUGGCCCAGACUCCGACUCUGACAGUGACCUGUCCUUGGAGGAGGAAAGGAGCCUGUCCAUCCCAUCUUCAGAAAGUGAGGACAAUGGCCGGACACGAGGGCGUUUCCAACGUCCACUCCACCGGGCAGCCCAGAGUGAGAGGCUCCUUACCCACCCAAAAGAUGUGGAUGGCAAUGACCUCUUGUCCUACUGGCCAGCCCUGGGAGAAUGUGAGGCAGCCCCCUGUGCCCUGCAGACAUGGGGCUCUGAAAGGCGCCUGGGGCUGGACACCAGCAAAGAUGCAGCCAACAACAACCAGCCAGAUCUGGCCCUGACCAGUGGGGAUGAAACCACCCUGGGCCGGGCCCAGCGUCAGAGGAAAGGCAUCCUGAAGAACCGUUUGCAAUACCCAUUGGUGCCACAGACCAGAGGUGCGCCCGAGCUCUCCUGGUGCCGGGCAGCCACCUUGGGACACCGUGCUGUGCCAGCCGCCUCUUAUGGUCGCAUCUGUGCUGGUGGGGGAACAGGCAGUCUUUCACAGCCAGCCAGUCGCUACUCUUCUCGAGAACAACUGGACCUGCUUCUGCGGCGGCAACUGAGCCGGGAGCGACUGGAGGAGGCCCCUGCGCCUAUUCUGCGUCCCCUGAGCCGCCCAGGUUCCCAGGAACGCCUGGAUACUGUGCCUGGCCGCCUGGAGCCUAGAGAUCGGGGCAGCACCCUGCCACGGAGGCAGCCACCCAGGGACUACCCUGGUGCCAUGGCUGGCCGCUUUGGGUCACGUGAUGCGCUGGACUUAGGGGCACCCAGAGAGUGGUUGCGCACACUGCCUCCACCCCGCCGCACCCAGGACCUUGACCCUCAGCACCCUCCUCCUCUACCCAUUUCUCCCCAGCGGCAACUCUCAAGGGACCCUCUUUUGCCAUCCCGGCCCCUGGACUCUCUACCUAGGAGCUCAAACUCUCGGGAGAGACUGGACCAGAUGCCUAGUCGGCAUCCCUCACGAGAGGCCCUUGGACCACCCUCCCAACUGCUCAGAGCUAGAGAGGACCCAGCCAGCGGCCCCAGCCAUGGCCCUUCCACGGAGCAGCUGGAUAUUCUCUCCUCUAUCCUUGCCUCUUUCAACUCCUCGGCCCUCUCCUCUGUGCAGUCCUCAAGCACCCCCUCGGGCCCUCACACCACUGCCACGCCUUCUGCUACAGCCUCUGCACUUGGGCCCUCCACGCCUCGCUCUGCCACAUCCCACAGCAUUUCAGAACUGUCGCCUGACUCAGAAGUUCCCAGAAGUGAAGGUCACUCCUGAGGGGCUGAAGUGCGGUUAAGGAACGGCCAAAGGCGAUGGAAGACUUGAUCUGACUGAAGAGACUUCAGGAGUUGGGGGUUUGAUCCCAAGGCAGCCUCCUGUGAGCCCUCCCACAGGUCUCUGUUGCAGCAGUGCAGUACAGAGGUUCCAUGCGCAUCUGUGAGCAUGCGUGUGACAGGUGCAGGGGGGCGGGGCUGAAGGGAGGACUUUUUUACGUUUUGUACCUUUGUAACCAGAGAGAUAUGCUUAUGUUAUUUUUCAGCUUUUCUGUCUCCCGGGGGUCUGAGGCUUGGCUGGGAGGUGAAAGGGGACAGAGGGAGGACAGAUACCGUCUGGCCCCAUUUGGGUCCCUAGCAAACCAGAUCUUUUUCUCUCAUCUUACUGGGGUGGAGUGGACAGGUAGGUUAGGUUCCCUCCUCUCCCACUGCAUCCCCAGGUUGAUCUGAAGAUUGUCAGGGCCCAAAGUGCAGAAAUGAUCUUUGCUUUUUUUCCAGUGCCCCACAGGCCAAACUUCUGGGGUUAAGGGUUGGUCUUGGAAACAAGGGUCCUCUAACCCCCUCAUGGGGGUUUGCUCAUGCCGCCUCUCCCUGUGGGUGUGUGUGUGUUUAUUACAUGGAGUCCCUGCCACUUACUGCCUUAUGACCUAGGACUGAUGCUGUGGGUGCUGGUGGAGCAGCAGAGGUCAUGUUUACAGAGCAAGGCUUUCCUUUCUCCCUUGGGGAAGGGCUCAGGCUUCUACUCAGACAUUCCUGCAGAGGGUAGGUAGAGGGGUCACUAGCCUGCCCUUGCCUAGCAAAAGUUGUCUGUGGUGCCAUUUAAUUCCCUGACACUGCUCCCUGAGGAGUGGGUGAGCACAGGGAGCAGAAACAAGGGAAUUUAAGACCCAGAAUGUAGGUGCCUCUGCCUCCCAUGUUUACAGGAUUCUCCCUGGCCCCAGGCACCCAGGCUGCAGAAGUGACUCAUUUCCACCCCUCCUUUAUAUAAACCCUUAUAAAGGGAAAAAUGACUGUUAGGACCCUGUUCACAAAACUCUCAACUUUUGUUACUUUGUCUGAUGUCCAGAACUGGGGACUUUAAAAUUUUGUUACUUUGUUUACAGGUGGAGAUUUAAAAAAAUUUUUUUACUUUGUUUACAACUUAAAACUUUGAAAUUUCACAUUUGUUUACAGUUGAGAAUGUUUUUUCCUUUGUUUACAAGAAAAGGUAGGGAAAAUGGGAGAGUGGCACGGAUGACCCACCUGUAAAGACCUGGACCUGGCCAUCUUGAGGGGGUUUCUAACCCCCACCUCUCUGAGGCCAAAGGUCAGUGCCCAGUCCCUUGUUUAACAGCACACCCAGAAGGCCUGGGAGUAGGCAUCUUCUGACCACUGGGAACAGUGGUUGUUUAGGGUUCAGGGGUUCUGUGCAGAUCCUCCAUCCCUACCCCAUUCAAUACUCUUGGGAGGCAGUUUCCAAGGAGAUUAAAAUUCCUUCUUCACUGACUGGUGCCACCAGCCAGGACCCCAGCUCUCCUUCCCCAGAAAUGACCCCAGCCCUCCAAGGGCUGGGUGGCCUGCUGUGGGUGGAAGAGUGUCCUUGCUAUAUCCUAGGUUCUGUAGAUGCCCCUCUCUGGGGUUCCCCUCCCCCUCCAGCCCAGUGGCCCUCUUUCCUGUCUGUGUAAAUUGUUCCGUGAAGCCGCGCUCUGUUUUGGGAAUAAACUUCUAUAGAAAACAGUUGUUGCCUCUUUCUAUUGGGAGUGGUGGUAGGAUGGUGGCUGUGAAUGAUUCAGACCAGACUGACCUUUUGGAGGAAUCUAAGCCCUCCUCCCCCAAGAAUAUCCAGUUAUUUUUAGACCAUUUCACAGGAGAUUUGGACCAGGUUCCCAUCUCCUUCACUAUGAAAUUUGGCCUCUCACCUUGUGAUUGGGACCUGAAGUUGGAGCAUAGGUACUGGGACUAGGGUGCCAAGGGAAACCCCCCUCCCUGGUCAUAGCUGCAGUAGACUUACUGUCCAGGGCCUGAUCCCUGGCUUGGCAUUUGUGGCCUUGCCCAGUUGUGAAACCAAGCUGCGUUGGUGGAGUGGCCCAAGUGGUCCUGCCUAGGAAGUGGGUGAGGGAGGGAAACAAACCUAGGAGUUGCCUCCUGUGUUUGGACAGGGAAUAGGUAACCUUUCUGGCCUAGGUAAAUAACCAGAGUUGAAAGGAAUGGCUUGAGAAUCUCUGAGCCAUCUCAGAAGCCUGCCUGGUCACAGAGUGAAAGCCUGAGAGUGGCGCCCUCAGCUUGGAGGCGUGGGAUGUCCCACAGAGGUGGAUAUCCCUCAGCCACAUACCCACGCUUCCUGAUUAUUGAGGAACCCCGCAAAGCCAGGAUUUAGGAUCGGUUCCAUCACCCUUAGGGGCCUUCAGGCGCUUGGGACAGUUUUUGUUUUCAGUUUCGUCCCAUCUGGCUUCAGGAAGGUUAGCAAGUCAGAGGGUUGACAAGCAUGAGCCAGGGCGCCGGGGAGCAAAGGGUUAAACCUUCCUUCUCUGUGCGGGCCCCUACCAAGGAGCUAGUUAGGCCCCGCCCCCAGAACGCUGAUUGGUCCAAACCUGCCCAGGCUGCUGAGAGAUGAGCCCCUGGGAGCGUGCGGCCGGCCACGUCGCGGUCCUGGCGCCGCCUUCUGGCCGGUAGUGGUUUCUCGUCCGAGAUGUCGAAACAGGACUGGCAGCCUAGGGGGGCCAUGGAGCGGUCAGAUGAACCUGGGUGAGUGCAGGGCGCAGGCCAAGUUCCGCGUGUCCGCGAGGUGUGGGUCGCCGGCCAGGAUCAGUUCUGAAGGGGAA